GCAAAGGAUCGAAUACAUCCUCCAAUUCUUGGAUGCACCACCUUUUUCAAGUUAUAAAAAGUUAAACCGACCGACAUUUGUUGUCUACCAUAUCAUCCUCCAUUGCCCUUGUACUGUAAUUUGUAUCCGAGAGAGAAAUUAAACACUGUGAUUAGCUGAGUUGCAGGGAAUUAAAGGAAUGGCAGCCGAAGUUGUGCUUACUUUUGCUGCGGAGGGAAUACUGAAGAAGGUGCUUUCACUUGCUGAGAAAGAAUUCAAAUUUGCAUGGGGUUUCAAAGCUGAACUCGAAAAGCUUAAAGAGUCAUUCACUAAAAUUGAACUUUUGUUGAAUAAUGUUGCCGACAAACCACAAGAUCCGCCAAUAGAGGCAUGGGUGAAGAAACUGAAAGACAUAGCUCAUGAUGCUGAGGAUGUCUUGGAUGAACUCGAGUACGAAGGUUAUCGGCGUAAAGUCGAAAUCCAAAACCAUAUGAAGAAAAAGGUUCUGAACUUCUUUUCACUCUCCAAUCCACUUGCAUUUCGUCUUCAAAUGGCGCCUAAAUUUCAGAAGAUCAAUGCAUCCUUGGUGGAUCUCAAGAGUGAAGCAUCUCUUCUUGGACUAGUUUCCAAGAAUAAAGAUGCAACCUCUCAGGGGAUUAGAUGGGGCAGACAAACCGACGCAUUCUUUGGCAAAGAUGAAAUACCCGUUGGAAGGAAAGCUGAUGUGUCAAAAAUAGUCACAACCUUGACCGACUCCAAAUACAAUAAAGAAAAUCUUGCGGUCAUGGCGAUUGUGGGAAUGGGAGGCCUCGGCAAGACAACAUUGGCCAAGUCAAUUUACAAUGAGGAUUCGAUAGACAAGUUUUUUGAAAAAAAAAUUUGGAUUUGUGUAUCCGACGCUUUUAACGUCAAUUCCAUCCUACAUCAAAUGUUAGAAUCUCUUAACUCGGUAAAAGCUCCUUCAAAAGAUAACCGGAAUGCAGUUCUUACAAACCUGCAAAAAGAGUUGAAAGAUAAAAGAUACUUACUUGUACUUGAUGACGUUUGGAACGAAGAUAAAGAAAAAUGGGAGCAUUUGGUGGACUGUUUGUCAAAGCUCAAUUCUUCUGGGGGAUCCAAAAUUAUUGUCACUACUCGCAGUGGCAACGUCGCAUCAAUUGCAGAAAAGCUACUUCCAAGACAUGAGUUGGGAAAACUAUCAGUGGAUGAGUGCUGGUCCGUCAUGAAAGAUAGAGCUUUCCCCAAUAGCAGUGCUCAUAUAGCUCCUGAGUUUCAGAAAAUAGGAAGGGAGAUUGCUGAAAAUUGUGGUGGUGUUCCGUUGGUUGCAAAGAUUUUGGGAGGCAUUUUGCUCACUAAAAAAAGCAUUGAAGAAUGGUUGUUGUUUAAAAACAGUAGAAUAUGGAACAACUUACCGAAAGGAGAAGAUGGAAUUAUGCCGGUCUUGAAGUUGAGUUUUGACAAUUUAGAAUCAUCAUCAUUGAAGCAAUGUUUUGCAUAUUGCUCAAUGUUCGAGAAAGACUUUGAAAUUCAAAGAGAUAACUUGAUUCAACUUUGGAUGGCUCAAGGACUACUCCGCGCUUCGCAUGACGAAAGUAAAGAUAUGGAGGAAAUAGGCAACGAAUAUUUUGAUAUUCUAUUGCAGAGCUCCUUGUUUCAAGAUGCUACAAUGGAUUAUCAAGGCAUUAUUAGCACAUGCAAGAUGCAUGAUCGUGUACACGAUAUGGCAGAACUUGUGUCCAAAUCUGAAAGCUUGCUGGGAGACUUAUGUGGCAGAGAUAAUACACUUGAGAUUCGACAUGUUGCUCGGGUUUCUACUUCUACACUGGAAAAUAUUCCAGCAAGAAGUGUUGGGAAAUUCCGCUCGCUGUUUUCCGACGACGGUAAAGUUCCUACUAACAUUCUUCCACAGUUCAAAGCUUUACGAGUCCUGAAUUUAAGUUACGCUAUUAUUGAAGAAUUUCCAAUUUCAGUUGGAAGGUUGAAACACUUGAGGUAUCUUGACAUUUCUAAUACAAGUUUCAGAGCACUCCCCAAAUCUAUAGGCAAACUCUAUAACCUUCAGACAUUAAGAGCAACAAAUUGUGCCCUUAAGGAGUUUCCAAAAGAACUGCAAAACUUGAUCAACCUGAGACAUAUUUAUUUUGAUGAGGAUAUCAAAUUCCCAAAGGGGAUAAGCCGGUUGAAUUGCCUUCGAACAUUACCUUACUUUUCGGUGGGUAAUGAGAUUGGUCAUCAGAUUGAAGAGUUGGCUGGCUUGAAACAAUUGAAGGGUCAAUUAAUUGUUCGUAAUCUGGAGCAUGUAAAGAAUGGAGAAGAAGCAAAGAAAGCUAAAUUAGAGGAUAAGACGAAAGUAUGUCAUUUGGAAUUCAAAUGGACAGCAGAUAGGUUAACAACUGAUAACAAUGAGGAGGAGGAUGUCCUAGAAGGCCUCCGACCAUAUCCUGAGUUGAAGAGCUUAAGUAUUGAAAACUUCAUGGGCGUUAAGUUUCCAUCGUGGAUGAUGAGUGGGUCAUUACCGCUCAACAACUUGAAGAAGAUUCAAUUACUUGGAUGCCGCAAAUGUGAAGUAGUCCCACCGCUCGGUCAUCUACCCAAUCUUACAGAGCUUGAGAUUAGAGGAAUGACUAACUUAAAAUGUAUUGGAGCAGAGUUCUACAGUUAUGGUCUUAUCCACAAUGUAGCCACAACAAGUAAGGAAACAAUUACUUUAUUUCCAGCGUUAAAAGUAUUACAUAUUUUUGAUUGUGGUGAUCUAAUUGAAUGGAAAGAAGCACCGAUUAUUCCAAUUGCACAGAGCAUGGCAUCUCUACGGGAAUUAGAGAUUGUAGCUUGUGGACGAUUGUCAAGCCUACCGAGUGGGUUAAAGAACUGCACCUCUCUCGAGAAAUUGAGUGUAGAGAAUUGCGAUGGAUUAUCAGGCCCAUUGAGUGUGUGGGCCUCUCUCGUGGAAGUGAGUAUAGAGAAUUGCAAUAAUCUGACAUCAAUUGAAAUGAAAGGCGGCGUGUCCCUCACCGCCUCUCUUCAGAAAUUGACAAUCAGGGAUUGCAGUGAAUUAGCAAGCUUACCUGCUCUUCCACAACAGUGUCCCUCUCUUCAGGAAUUGGGGAUAUGGGAAUGCCCAAAGCUAUCAUGGUUUGGUGUCAAAAGUGGGAGAGUUGAGGAGGAGGAUUGCAAUAGUCUUGGACAACUGUGGAUAUGGAGUUGCCCAAAGAUAGCGUCCUUUUGUGCCCAAAGUAGCAGAAUUGACGAGGAGUGCAUUAGUCUACAAUCUACUUCAGACUUGCGCACCAUGACCUCCCUUCGACUUUUGACGAUUGUAAAUUGUGAAAGAUUAGAAAGUUGGGUGAGCAACCUACAAUUCCCACUCUCUCUUGAGACUCUGUCAAUAGAUGGUAUGCCUAAUUUACACAUUCUUCCAAGUUUAGACCACCUCCCUUCUCUCCGUACUUUGUGGAUUGUAAAUUGCCGAAACCUAAAAUAUCUGCCAACGGGGCUACAGUGGCUCACUGGCUUGGAGACAUUGUCUAUCGGUGGGUUCUGGGAGGAGCUCGAUUCCUUCCCUGAUUUUGAAGUUGGAUCAUUAAUGCAUCUUAGAGUGUUAACGUUGUUUGGUUGGCCUAAGCUCGAGUCUCUGCCUCAACAAAUUCAACACCUCACUUCUCUAACAUCUUUGUGGAUAGAGUCAUUUGAGGGAUUGGAGACUUUGCCAGAAUGGUUGGGUAGCCUUACAUCCCUUACAGGGCUGCUGAUUAAUAAUUGCAAGAAUCUGAUGAAUUUACCAAGUGUCCAAGCUAUGCAACGCCUCACCAAAUUACAAACCUUGAGGAUUUAUGGAUGCCAUCCCCUUCUAGAGGAAAGAUGCAGGUGGAACAGCGGCACAGAUUGGCCUAAGAUUUCUCACAUUCCAAAUAUCGACAUUCGAGCGCCGAGACUUCCGAGACUUCGGAUACAAGAGUUGGAUUGAAGCUAUGCAACGCCUUGCGAUACUACAACAAAUGUGUAUUGGGAAAACCAAAUUUCAUGGUGUGCAAGGCCACACUUCUCCGAGAUUACUUGUAUUCCAAUAGUACUACACUGAAAUUUAAACUAGUAUAACAUAAUUUGUUUAUCCUUCUCCCUCUUCUUUUAAUGAUCAGUAUUCUCGGGUUGAAACUACGCAACUUCUUUUAAUGAUCAGUAUACUUGGAUUGAAACUACGCAACUGGAACGAUGUAGUGCAUUAUGUGCAAGCAGAGUCCAGGUUGCUUAUUCCAUUGGCUCCUGCACACUGAGGAAAUUUGUUUAUAUUAUCCCGAGACUUGUUUUCAGGUUAACGAUGUUAAUAUAAUACAUAGAACUCCUGUAAUUGCUUUCUUGUGAAGAUUUUAGACUCAUAGUUUUCGGGCUACUUGUAAUAUGCCCAGACUUGUUCUCUCUGUGAUUUUAAUAUACUGUGUUCUGUAAUUCUUCUCAACUGGCAUUUUCUUCAUUAGCUUCAAUUGACAAUCGAGAAUUCCAAAUUCCAAGGUACCAGAGGACUUGUAGAGUUUCUCGGUUAAUGGCGUGGGAGUACUUAUUGUGAAUCUAAGUGUUGAACCAUGACUGGAAUGUUUCUUCAAGAUGUGAGAAAGAUUGAAAUUUGUUGUUUAUAUUUUUCUUUAAGUUGUUUUGGUGUUAUCUCUGUACUGGGAUAUUGGGAUUCCGAUCAAAGCUCAUGGGUGGAUCAAUAUCAUUCUUCAACUUCAAUCAUGUUUCCCUAAAGGUACUGAGAGAUACCCAGUAGUUUUCCACUCGGAAGGCUCGUAUCUUUCCUCAUGUACGGGGAGUUUGGGAGUUAAUUAUGGUAGUCUUCUAUCCACAGGUUGAGACACAGUGUUGCUUACUUUUUUGUGGAUGUGAACGCUGCCAAAGCACUCUUUACGUAUCAGCCUACGACAUUGUUUCUUCCUGGUUUGUGGCACUUCCCUAAAGCGGGUGGAAGCUUCUACGGGCUAUCGUGUCUACAUAAGAAGAAAAUGUCCAAUCAGAGAUAUUGACAAGAAUGGUUGGGUGGCCUUACAUCCCUUAAGGAGCUGAGGAUUCUUUCUUGCAAUAAUCUAAAGAGCUUACCUAGUGUCCAAGCUAUGCAACGCCUCACCAACUUACAAACUCUAUAUAUUUCUGGAUGUCAUCCCCAUCUAAAGGAAAGAUGCACCGAGGACAGUGCCACGGAUUGGCCUAAGAUUUCUCACAUUCCAAAUAUCGCUAUUGAGGUCGUGUAUGAAGCUAUGCAAGCCUUGCGAAACUACAACAAAUGCAUUGCGAAAAAACCAAAGUAUGUAUACAGUUUGAUAUUCAGGGGAUGGAACUUUAAGGGGAAUGGCUACACAGUUCUCCAAGAGUACUUGUAUUCCAUGUUUUAUGUACAAACAAAUCCAAAUGGCUCGAACUUUUUGCAUUGAAAUUAAGUCAUGAUACUCAAUGAGUUGAAAGUGAGUCCAAGUGCUGAUGUGCAAGGUUCGGGGAGGAGCUCAAUUCCAUUCCUGAUGUUCAAGGUUGAUCAUUGCAGCUUGAAUUAUUACAUUUUAAAGGGUGGCCAAAGCUCAAGUCUCUGCCUCAUCAAAUUCAACACUUUUCUUUAACUGGUUUAUAUAUCAACUACUUGAGGGACUGGAGACUUUACCAGACUUGUUGGGUAACCUUACAUCCCUUAUAGAGCUGGGGAUUAGGAAUUGCAAGAAUUUGAUGAAUCUACCCUUUGCCAAAGCUAUGGAAUGCGUCCCCACUUUACUGUCGGAGUGAAUUAAGCAACCAAGCUCAUUGGACCAUGGUAUCACUCAUGAGAGUCUUCGAGGGGUUUUUUACUUUCAUGGAACUCACUAUGCCUCAGCGGUGGCAGGUUAUGUUGUUGAAGAAGUAAAAUUGCAACAUAUAAACUUUAGUUUGCUGUUGGUGACUUGGUCAUAUACGAUGCGGGGUGACUUAGUUGUUCAUUCUUCAGCGGAUUACCUUCGGCUCUACAGGCCCAGACUUGUUCUCCAAUUCUUCUCAACUGGCAUUUUCUUGUUUCUUCAACAAAUUCUUUUCAAGUGGAAUGUUUCUUCAAGAUGGCAUGUGGUCUAAUAUUCUGGUGGAUAGGAUGUUAGAUUUCUACUCAUGCAUUCCGGAUUCGAAACUCUCCAUUUCUGUAAAUUAUUGUAGUAGUUUCGAAUUCCUCCCUCCCCCUCCCUAAUAAUCGUCAAUUUUCUUUCUUUCUUUUCAAAUGUUUCUUCAAGAACAUUGGGUAAAUUAAAUUUUACCACCUUGGAGAAGAACAUAACGUAUGUCAGGAGGGUUCUCCUUCCACCAACUCAGAAUCUUAGAGAAGAACUUUUCAUCUUUAGUUUCA